AUCUCCAUGGCUUCGGUUUCACUAGCCUCCGCCUUCGCGGCUUCUCCCGUCACUUGCGGCGGGGGAUGCGGAGAGCUUUCCGUCCUCCGUCCAGUAAUUUCGCCGACGAUCGGUUUGUCCCCCGCUAGCCCGUCGUCGCGUUGCCUUGUGGUUACCGCAUUCGCCGGUCGUUCGUCUCAGAGUUCGCCAACGUCGCAAGGCGGCAACCCUUUCGCCAAUCUAAAGCAGAGCUUUCCGUUGGGCAGCAAUGCAGCCGAACCACUGUACGGCCGAGAUGAUAACGGUUCAGAUAUCGACGCUGCGCGGAGCAGAGAAAACCCCGAGGAUUUUGUGAUUAUUCGCAGGAGUGAUUCUAGCGGGCGAACAGGCGGAGACCCACGAACCGCGGGUGGCGGAGGCGGUAAGAGAGGAAGCGCGCCGAGCAGAAGCGCACCUGCAGGGAAAGACGGGGGCCAACAAGGAGGGAAGGGCGCGGCUUCGGCAAAGGGCGGCGGGGUAACGGUGCAGGCGACGCGGCGCGGACGUGGCGGGAAAACGGUGACGGUGGUGGACGGGCUGCGAUUGGCUGGUGGCGAUGCUGAGGUGGCAGCGCUGUUGAAGAAGCUGAAAACGGCGCUCGGGAGUGGCGGGGCCGUAAAGGACGGAUGCCUGGAACUGCAGGGUGACGUGGCAGACCGAGUGGUGGAGUUGCUGGGGACGAUGGGCAUCCAGGCCAAGAGGAGUGGGGGGAAGUGAAUGGAGAAUGAGGAAAAAUGAGCACAACUGUGAAUGGCUCUGAAAUUAUUGUUGAUGGGCUUUACAAGUUCAUUUGGAACUAAACUACAUGGGUGGGAACUGAACGCCCAGGCCAGGAAAAGUGUUUGCAGGGAGGAGGUAGCACUAUCGCAAGGAUGAGAACACAGGGAUUGACUAAGAAGUGUUCUAAAGGCUUUGUUGAAGGUGUUGGAGGAUGUGAUGCGAAAAGCAUCUUCAAUUAGUA